GUGGAAAUUAAAAAUCCUGCCGUCUAUGCUUUCAAAACCCUCGCGCUGCCUUCUCGUUCUCUUACUCAGCGUUCUUCAUCAUCGUCAACUGGCAACUUCUCUUUAACGUUUUCUAUUUCCUCUUAUCUCUCUCUGGAUUAGGGCGGAAGGAGCUAAAAAAAGAGAGAGGAACAAGUAUGUUGGACAUUAAUCUCUUUCGUGAAGAGAAGGGCGGCAACCCCGAGAAAAUUCGGGAGUCUCAACGCCGUCGAUUUGCCAAUGUUGAUCUUGUUGAUGAGGUCAUUGAACUUGACAAAGUUUGGCGGCAACGCCAAUUUGAGUUGGAUGGCUUGAGGACAGAUCGAAACAGGAUUAGCAAAGAGAUUGCCCGCCUCAAAAUUUCGGGACAAGAUGCUAGUGGUAUGAUUGCAAGUACAGAGGAAAACAGGGAACUAACAGUAAAGAAGGAGGCAGAGGUGCAGGAGGCUCUUGCAGCAGUGCAGGCUAGAGUGGGAGUUAUUGGAAACCUUGUGCAUGAUUCAGUCCCUGUCAGCAACGAUGAGGCAAACAACGCCAUAAUUCGGUCAUGGGGAGAGAAGUGGACUGCACCAAAGCUGAAGAAUCAUGUGGAGCUUGUUGAGCUUCUUGGAAUUGCAGAUAUAAAGAAAGGUGCAAAUAUAGCUGGAGGCAGAGGCUUCUAUCUGAAAGGGGAUGGUGUACGACUUAAUCAAGCUUUAAUCAACUUUGGUCUUGAUUUUUUGGAGAAGAGGGGCUUUACUGCACUGCAAACUCCUUUCUUCAUGAGGAAAGAUAUUAUGGCUAAAUGUGCUCAAUUGGCUCAGUUCGAUGAAGAACUUUAUAAGGUUACUGGAGAGGGAGAUGACAAAUAUCUGAUUGCAACGGCUGAACAACCACUUUGUGCGUAUCAUAUAGAUGAUUGGAUUCACCCUUCACAACUGCCUCUGAGAUAUGCUGGAUAUUCAUCGUGCUUCCGUAAAGAAGCCGGGUCGCAUGGUCGAGAUACUCUGGGAAUUUUCCGUGUUCAUCAAUUUGAAAAGGUGGAACAAUUCUGUAUAACCAGUCCAAAUGGAAAUGAUUCCUGGGAGAUGCACGAAGAGAUGCUGAAAAAUUCCGAGGAUUUCUACAAGCUGCUAAAUAUUCCCUAUCAAGUUGUAGCUAUUGUCUCUGGUGCACUGAAUGAUGCUGCUGCAAAGAAGUACGAUUUGGAAGGAUGGUUUCCAGCAUCACAGGCAUAUAGAGAACUUGUUUCCUGCUCAAACUGCACUGACUAUCAGUCCAGAAGAUUGGAAAUUCGAUUUGGACAAAAGAAGAGUAAUGAUAAGGUCAAGGAGUACGUCCACAUGUUGAACUCUACCCUCACAGCAACUGAGAGGACAAUGUGCUGCAUCCUCGAGAACAACCAGAAGGAGGACGGGGUAGAAAUACCAGAGGCUCUAAGAGGUUACAUGGGUGGGAAAUCUUUCAUUCCUUUCAAAAACAACACUGGGAAGGAGGCAAAAGGGAAGAAGACUAAGGAAUGACCCACGAUUCACUUUCUACACCACAUUGUGGACGAAUUUAAAGGAAAUGCUGGAGCUCUCUCUUCCCUCCUAUGACUUAAUGGGGAACUGUUGAAUACUAUGAUGGGCCGUUUGCCUUUCCUUGAACCUCUUUGGUUAAAGGUCAUUUGUUCCAAACUUCCCCUACUCUUUAGCAUACCCUUUUAAAGGUUUUUCAAUGCCUAUGGACGUGCAUUGGCGUUGAAUUAUGAGAUAUUUAAUUAUGAUUUUUCUUGAUCUUUGGCCGGAAACUAGAGUAUAAUCAAAUGUUACAACUUUAAGGUCAUUAUGACACUAGAAUUUGGUGAUGGUGAAUGUAGGAUACAAUUACUCAGUUUCUGCAAUCUGCCAUUAAGUUUCGUUGUCUUCU